GCGGGCAAGCGGGUGCUGGUCCUGGAGCAGCACGGGAAGCUGGGGGGCUGCUGUCACACCUUCAGCGAGAAGGGCUUCGAGUUCGACACUGGUAUCCACUACGUGGGGCAGAUGCAGGAGGGCUCCGUCAUCCGCUUCAUGGUGGACCAGCUGACGGAGGGGCAGCUGGAGUGGGCUCGGCUGCCAACCGUCUACGACGCCGUGGUUUUGGGGGAGCCUGGCAGCGGCAAGACGUAUCGCAUCUAUUCAGGGAAGGAGGAAUAUUUCCAAGGCUUGAAGGAGCAGUUUCCCGGAGAGGCAGCUGCUAUUGAUGAGUUCAAGCGGCUGGUGAAGGGGCGGCUGCCGCGGCUCACCCACUUCUGCCGGCUGGCACCGCGCAGCGUGAAGGAGGUGGUGGAUGGUCUCACCGCCAACCGCGAGCUCAGGGCCGUCUUCAGCUACAUCUUCCCCACCUACGGUGUGGUCCCCUCCAAGGCCAGCUUCUCCAUGCAUAGCAUCCUGGUGAACCACUUCCUCCACGGCGCGUGGUACCCCAAAGGCGGGGCAGGGGAAAUCGCCUUCCACACCAUUCCCGUUAUCCGGAAAACCGGAGGCAACGUGUUGGGAAAGGCGCCGGUGCAGAGGAUCCUGUUGGACUCCCAGGGCAAAGCCUGCGGUGUGAGCGUCAAGAAAGGCCAAGAUUUGGUGAACAUCUUCGCUCCUGUUAUCAUUUCGGAUGCUGGGAUCUUCAACACCUACGAACGGCUCCUGCCGGCAGAGGCACGGGCUUUGCCUGAGAUUCAGUCCCAGCUUCACACGGUGACACACGGCGAAGGGGGUUUCACGGUCUUCGUAGGUGUUAAUGGCUCAAGGGAAGAGCUGGGGCUGGAGCCCACCAACUACUUUAUGUACUCAGGAAACGACCUGGAUGAAAUAAUGGAUCGCUACCUGGCUUCUCCCAGAAAAGAAGCUGCCAAGAACAUCCCUCUCCUGUUUGUCACCUGCCCAUCGGCCAAGGACCCCACCUGGGAAAUGAGGCACCCAGGUAAAUCCACGCUGGCCAUCGUGACCUUCGCCAAAUACGAGUGGUUUGAGGAGUGGAAGGACAAGCAGGUCAAUAAGCGGGGAGAUGAUUACGAGGAUUUGAAGAAGAUCUUUGUAGACACCAUCAUGCAGGCUGUCUUCAAGCUCUACCCUCUCAUCGAGGACAGGAUCGAGUACAUCUCCGGCGGGACGCCCCUCACCAACCAGCACUACCUUGCCAGCCCCAAGGGGGAGAUCUAUGGCAUCGACCACACCAUCGCCCGCCUGCAAGCUGAAGCCAUUGCCAGCGUGAGGGCGCAGACAGCCAUCCCCAACCUCUACCUGACAGGGCAGGAUUUGUGCCUGGCCGGCUUUGUGGGAGCCCUGCAAGGAGCCUUCAUCUGUGCCAGCGCCAUCCUCAAGCGCAACCUCUACGUCGACGUGGCACAGCUGAAAAAGCGCACACAGGCCACCAACGCCAAGAAGAGCGACUAA